AUGAUUGGAGAGGACUUGAAACAGAAGAUCCACGAUAAAUUCGUUGCAGCUCAAAGGGAUGGCCAUUUGAAACUAACCCGCGCAGAAUCUAGGAAAUUGAAGGAUCCACUUAAGGCGACCCAAUAUUGGGUGACAUUCGCUCCGUCUUUAGCAUUGAAAUCAGACGGAAAGAGGAGUAACGAUUCCAAGAAAGAGGACCCUUUCGCCAACCCAGACCAAGAACUAGUUGUAGUGGAUGAUGUGAAUGACGAUGGAGAAUAUAAGUUACUACUUAACAAAUUUCCUGUGGUCCCUGAGCAUAGUCUCUUGGUGACAAGCGAGUUUAAGGAUCAGAAAUCUGCCUUGACGCCAAGGGAUCUGAUGACUGCUUACAAGGUGCUUUGUUGCCUUGACAAAGACAAAGAUGAUGACACAUCUGAUGAAAAAUACCUGGUUUUUUAUAAUUGUGGACCUCACAGCGGUUCUUCACAAGCUCACAAACACUUGCAGAUACUACGAAUGCCGAAAGAGUUUACCCCUUUCCAAGACACAUUAUGUAACGAAAAGGGUUACUUCUUGCCCACCUUUAAUGCAGAGCCAUUGCAAGAUGACAAGGUUUCCUUUGCCCAUUUUGUCUUGCCACUACCGGAAUCACCUGAUCAAGUUGACAAAGACCUUCUCGCCAUGUGUUAUAUUUCUUUGAUGCAAAAAGCACUUACAUUCUUCCAAGAUUGGGCCAACGAAUCUCCGGAGCUGAUCAAGUCAUAUAACGUUCUAUUGACCAAGAAAUGGAUCUGCGUAGUACCAAGAUCGCACGCUAAGAGUGAGCCACCAUUGACAUUAAAUAUAAACUCCACGGGAUACUGCGGCAUGAUCCUAGUCAAAGACAAAGAGAAACUGGACACACUCACUGCAAAACCCCAUCUGGUAGACAAGUCGCUACUGGAAUGCGGAUUUCCCACUACUGCUGGUGGAAAACCAACAAAAUAUCACUAUUGA